AUGGCUCACCACAGAUGUGUGGUGAGAGGAGGGGUGCUCAGAGCUUUGGGGUCACUGCAGGCUGAUGUCACCAGCCCUGUGGCAUGGUGGGAGCAAAUCCUGAUACUAUCCUUUUUUCCCUUCUGUAUCCAGUCUGAAGAACGGAAAAGAAUAGACGAGCUGAUCGAGAGUGGGAAGGAAGAAGGCAUGAAGAUUGACCUCAUUGAUGGCAAAGGCAGGGGCGUGAUUGCCACUAAGCAGUUCUGCAGGGGUGACUUUGUGGUGGAAUACCACGGGGACCUCAUUGAGAUCACUGACGCCAAGAAGCGGGAGGCUGUGUAUGCACAAGACCCCUCCACGGGCUGCUACAUGUACUAUUUUCAGUAUCUGAGCAAAACAUACUGCGUGGAUGCCACUCGAGAGACAAAUCGCCUAGGGAGACUGAUCAACCACAGCAAAUGUGGGAACUGCCAAACUAAACUGCAUGACAUCGAUGGCGUGCCUCACCUCAUCCUCAUCGCCUCGCGUGACAUCGCAGCGGGAGAGGAGCUCCUGUACGACUAUGGCGACCGCAGCAAGGCCUCCAUUGAAGCCUACCCGUGGCUGAAGCAUUAGCCAUGGUGGUGCCCUCCCCUCCACCUCCCCUUCUUCAAAGGACAAAGUGCUCUCAAAGGGAAAUGAUUUUUUUUACAUACUUAAUCUUAGCGAAUUCAGAUGUUUUUAAAAGUAUAAUAAGAUGCCUUUUCACUGUAGUAUUUAAAUAUCUGUUACAGGUUUCCAAGGUGGACUUGAACAGAUGGCCUUAUAUUACCAAAACUUUUAUAUUCUAGUUGUUUUUGUACCUUUUUGCAUACAAGUCGAACGUUCAUGCUUCCCGUGCAUGCAGUCAAAGACUCAGCACAGAUUUUAGAGGAAAGAGUCAACCUUGAACUAGGAAGCUGGGCGAGGCUUUGCCCCGCGUUGAAAGCCAGAACUUACCCUGCACCCUAAUGUCCCAUGACAGGCAGGUGCGAGGGCACCGCUGCCCCCCACGCAUGGCCUGGACGGGAUGUCUCCAAGCUCUUGUUCUCAUUGUCUCAACGGACGCGCAUCAAAGUGUAUGAAUAUUUUUUAAAAAAGCAGUGAGUUAGUCUUCCCCUCUGCUUUCUUGAAAGCUUACCUGCCUGGGGCCUGGAGGCGCCAGCCAAGCGCAGGCCUUCUCUUCCAGGGCUCGCUGCUUUCCCAGGUACCUCGAAGCAUCAGGGUGGGCAUCAGACUAGAGGUAUGCCGGGAAAAGCACUUUUCCCUGAAACUGCGUUCAUUCUUUAUAGAAAUGUGAACACUGAAUUUAUUUUAAAAAAUAAAAAGUAAAAAUAAAAAGACAAAAAAUUAAAGAAAAAUGGAAAAAAUCCACAGAAAACAACUUACAUGUAUAUAGGUCUUGAAGUGAGUGAAGUGGCUGUGCUUUUCUUUUAUUUUGGUAUUCUUUUCAUUUUUAUCUUUUUGUUUUUGUUUUUUUUUUAGAGGAGAUUUACGAUGGUAUUCUAUUCUAAUCAAAAGAAAAGUUUUGUAGUGGGACCAGAAAUUACUAAAACUGAUCCCCUCCCCCUUUCACUCCCUCUUCUGCUGCCAAGACCUGUUUGUUGAUUCCCUGGUGUCCUUAGAAGCCUGCCAGCCUAGACACCAGGUGUGUGUGGCAGCCAGCAGGGCUCAGUGGCAGGAAACUGGGAGGAGGCUCACAUGUGACAGCUGAGUGGCGGCUUCCUUCUCCCUCCCUGGGGAGGACCUGGUCCUCACUCUUCACCUUCAAUCCAAGGAUGGGGCUCGGGAGCCAGUACAUGUGAAUGGAUCCAGGUAUGAGAACCUACCCUUGCCCUUGACCCCUGGCCUCAUGACGGUGCUACCUAAGAAAGUCUUCCCUGCAACCCCCGCCCCCACCCCUGCUAGCCUGGUCACAGAAUUGGAGGAGGAUCCGACAGGAGCAUCUAACUGUGAGAUUAAAUGUCUUGGUUGUACCUAUUUUGUGAUUUAGCUUUGUAUUUAAAUAGCAAACAAACAAAAAAGGAAAUAAACUUGAAAAUUAUUUGUCAUCAUAAAAAUGAAACAAAUAUUAAAAUAUUUAUUGCCAGGCAAGGCUA